AUGAUGUGGGAACAAGAGCACCGUCUCCGUAACGACUCAUAUCGAUUGAUAUCAUUAGAAAUAGCCCCUCGUCCGGACGUACAAUGCGAAGCUGUCGCGUGGCGUCUAGUGGGGCUCCUUGGCGCGGAUCAGGGCUCUGGUCUGCGCGCGCGCACCGCCCGCCUUGCAUCUGCGCUGGUACAUUAUACCCCUGAUGCUAGAGACGCGAUCGAUGCAAGAAGACGGCAGUUAGAUGCUGCAGUGCAGGGUCUUGGCACGCACGGUUUGACGGCGGACGCCAGCGGUUCCCUCAUCUCCUUACACGUCGCCAUGAAGAACGAGCUGCACCGGCACGUGGAGGUAUACAAGCAGGCGCUGCACAAGCUUGAAGAACUGUCCCGCGUCACGAUCACCCAAGACCCAGCGGCGUCAUCCCACCAGCGUCUGCUAGCCCUGUCCCACUGUGACGUGGAACGUCGUCUUAUCGAUAACAAGAGCCUUCUGACCAUCGUGGACAAGCUAGCUCUGCGCCAAUUACCAACGUUGGUCUCUUCGUUGGCUGCACGCGUGGAGAGUGAUAAAGCGGUGUUGGCGUGUAUUGGACAGAUAAAGAGAAGUGAUCCAACGUUGGAUUUGAGUGAUACCAGGCCAGUAGCAGGUGUCCUGAUGAGCUACUCUCGUGGAUGUGCGGCAGUACUGGGACAGAUGUCUGAAGGAGAGAGAGGAAACAGCGAUCCUGUUACACCUCGCUCUCCUACAGACUCCGCUAGCGAUGGUUAUCACUCAGAUAGUGAUGAUUCGCAGCAAAUGCCUGAUAGAAGCAAACUUAUAUCCCAAUAUGCGGCGGUGUGGUCCCGAGCCGCUGAUGAAACUUUGCCGGCGCUGGCAGCUCUGGACCAGCUCAGACACACACCACACCUCAAGUAUAAGAUAAUCUUCUCUGUCGUUGUUUUGUCCUUCCGUGCAGCAAUUAGUCUCCGCGACCGCCGCCUAACUGAAGUGCAGGCACUUCUGGGCGUUGAUGUGGAGAGUACACCCAGCGAUCCCAGCUUGACUCGACUGACGGCUGCGGCGAUCAGGGUGCUGCACCAGACUGCGCACAGUUUCCCAUUGGGUGAAGCUGAGCGUACUGUUGUUAAUCAGGUGGUGAGCACGCUCCGUGAGUACCCAUGCCUCUCUAGCUGCGGAGCUCUUCACGCUCUCGUAGCAGCUGCGUGUAGGGCUGCGUGGACCAUAAGUCUGCAUUCACCUCCGCUCAGAAUUGACACUGACUUUACACCAGUUGUGAUGAACCCAGAGAAGCAUGUGCGGUUCACCUCCAGCGAUGGUCGCGACCGGCGCUCCGACCUGAUCAAGUCUUUCGUAUGGCCGGCGCUCAUGGACGGGAACAGAUGCGUGUUCAGGGCGGUCGUCCUCACAUGA